CUGCUGAUUGGGCUCGUCCCUCCCCAUAUGACGUCAGGGGGCUGGGGACACUUUCACUUUCCUUUCUAUGCUUUUUAUUAUUACUAUUUAAUAUUUAUUAUUAAUAUUAUUAUUCCUUGUCAUUCUUUCUUUUGUUGCUACAUCAAGCACUCGGUUCUGGUGCAUUUGAACCUUCACAGUUGCCUUGCCACAGUUUACUUACUCUACAGGACUGAACUUUUCCCGAGUAUCUGUGGCCUAACCAAAGGUGAAUGCCUUUCUAUUUUAACCUCGGUCUCUGCUGAUUAAUGGAAACCACCGGUUAUUCCAAGACAUCGUCUUGUUACCUGGGCGUGUUUCUUUUCCUCAACUGCUUCUUUGCUUUCACGUGGGUUCCUGUAAAUACCCCUCAGAAAGUGAAAGUGUUUAACCGACGGACUUGUUGUUGGGUCGCGCAGUCUAAAAAAAAAAAAAAAAAAAAAAAAAGGCAGACAAGGGUGCAGACGAGACGCAGUUUGCCGCGGAGAGCCCAGCCGAUCUGAAGCAAAAUGACCACAGAGGAGAAGAGAUAUGACCCCAAAGACACCACGCUGAAAUUUGUCAACAGGCCAGAUGAUCUGGAUCCACUUCCCCCUGAAGAAGGAGACUUGAAUCUUAGAGCAGAGAUGUCCUGCGGUCACGCCGUCACCCCGGAGUCUCUCACUGGAUGGUGUCGCAGCCUGCUGGAUCAGGGCCAGUACAAAUUCAAGUGUCCUGCUUUGAAGACCGGCACCUUGCAGAAGUGUGGCGCUGUGUGGUCCUAUCAAGAGGUGCGCAGGCUGGCUGUGCUGACGGCUGAAGAGAUGGCGUAUUUUGAGGAGAAUAUGGCACGUCUGGCCGCCACAGAAUACUGUGAAUAUAAGUCAUGUCCUGGGUGUAAAAGCUACGUGGAGAGAGAGGACCUGACUAACCUCAGUGUGCACUGUACAGUCUGCACAGCAGACAUGAAGAAGGUGUACGAGUUCUGCUGGCAGUGUCUGAAGCCUUGGAAAGGAGCAGCUCCACGAUCUGAUCGCUGCGACAACGACGGCUGCAUCAACCACGACUUAGAGCUCCUCAAGAACUGCAACACGACCGUCCUCAAAGAGGUGCAGGGAGUGACCGCCUGUCCCUCCAUCCGAGUCUGUCCCACCUGUGGUCAGAGGGUGGAGCACGACAAGACAGGCUGCAAGAACAUCAUCUGUCCUCGCUGCCAGGUUGAGUUCUGCUUUGUGUGUCUGAAGCUGACCCCUGAGUGCCUGGAGACCAGCUCUUACUUCAUCGCCUGCAGUGAUGGUGUAGCUCCCAGACAAACAUCCAUCCCUGUGUGGCACAGAAACUAAACAGCUUCACACGCUCAUUUAUUAUUCAUGCAUGCUCACAGCUGUCUCCUAUCAGGUUAGAAUUCAUCUUUUAUUGCAUCAGACGCGAAAAACAUUACAGACCUGCUUGUUUGUGCACAUUAAAUGACAUUAAGACAGCUGCAUUCUCUUAUUACUUCACUGUGUUUUAUAACAUGCUGCAUUAAAACUGCUACUGAAGAUUGUUCCCUGAUUUAAUCACUGCAUCAUUUAAUAAAGUUUCUGUCUAAAUAAACACACACUGAAAUUCA